AUACUGCGGCAGCCAUAGCUACUUGAAUUCUUCCUUUGCAAGAAAGUUUGACUUUUAGUGGGAAGAGUUUGGCUUCAAAAUGAAACCAAAAGGAUCAGAUCUUGCUAUUGUCGCGACCCAUUAUGGCUAGUAAGGCUGAAUAUUUUGAAAAUGGACAAUUGAUGCAAAAGUCAUGACCAAAACCUCGAAACAUCUCACUUGCCGGUGUCAUCGUUCAUAAUAAUUGCAGAGUGUUAAUUUUAAGUAUAAUCCUCGAAAAUGGGAAUCCUUGAUCUGGAAUUGAUGUUUGACUUAUUGGACACGGACAUGAGAGGCUAUCUGACCUCAAACCAGCUGCAAGAUUUCCACGAGUCACUGUAUUUUUCUCCCAUAGAUUACAGGCAAAUCGAAGCAGCAAUUCGAACAGUUUGUGGUCCUGAUUCUCGCGGCGUCUGCCCUCGAGAAAAGUUUGUCAACGUCCUUGAUGAACUAGACCGACGCAAAGCGCUGGAGGAGAAAGUCUUUUGGGAUUUUAAGGCAGUCGAUGUAGAAGGAAAUGGAAGGAUCUCACUCAAAAGUGCACUGAUGUUGUUUAAAUUGGUUCACAGUGAAUUAUUCUCUAUGAAGACAUGGCGUUCCUUUCUGUCACAACGUGAGAUACCAGAGGCAGACGUAUGUUAUGACGAGAUCAAAAUCUUCUUGUGCAACCUUGUGGACGGUGGACCAUGCGAUGAUGAGGAAUUUGAAGAGGAAGAGAAAUCUGUCAGCUUGCGUUACUGCAAUAACAAGUAUGAAAAUCUCAAGGAACUGGAGAAAUUUCAGGUAUUUUAAAUGAGCAGUCUCUGUUUCUUAUACCCCUUCUCCCCCACCAACUCCCUCCUGUUAUAUGCCCCUCUACCUGUCAACAGAAAUGAUAGAGAUCAUAACCCAGGGGGGGGGGGGGGAUUCACGGCUUUUACAGAACCAGGGGUGUUACAAGGUUUUUUCUGGGUGGGAAAAUUUGUUGGGUUUACCUACGUGGAGCUUUUUCUGUUUGUAUGUGGACACAUGGGGUUUUUAUAAUUACCGUUUUCAUGGUUUUACUGAUGUUGUUUAAAUUGGUUCACAGUGAAUUAUUCUCUAUGAAGACAUGGCGUUCCUUUCUGUCACAACGUGAGAUACCAAACGCAGACCUAUGUUAUGACGAGAUCAAAAUCUUCUUGUGCAACCUUGUAGACGGUGGACCAUGCGAUGAUGAGGAAUUUGAAGAGGAAGAGACAUCUGUCACCUUACGUUACUGCAAUAACAAGUAUGAAAAUCUCAAGGAACUGGAGAAAUUUCAGGUAUUUUAAAUGAGCAGUCUCUGUUUCUUAUACCCCUUCUCCCCCCCCAACUCCCUCCUGUUAUAUGCCCCUCUACCUGUCAACAGAAAUGAUAGAGAUCAUAACCCAGGGGGGGGGGGGGAUACUCUGGAUUUCAAGUGACAGGGAUGAUUGAAGGAUUUUUUCAGGUUGGAAAAUUAGCUUGAUUUAACUACGUGGGGUUUUUUGGGUAUUCAAAUGCUCCAAUGUUGCUUUUUAAGGUUCCCUGUUCCAGGUUUUAAGAUGGUGAGGAAAGUGAAUCGAGAAAAUUUGCACAAAAACUGUGUAGGACCAGGGGAGAGAUGGAGUAAUGGUGCCUGUAACAGGGUUCUCAUUAAGUUUUAAAGUAGACAGCUAUGAUCUAAAGUAGGCGGCUUGGUAACUGAGUCCUGUAGGCAAUAUCAGGCUUUCACUCUCUCACUUUACCUUAUUUCCCCAAAAAGUGAAUGGCUCAAACCUCCAAGUAGCCAUUUUUAGCCGGCUGCUGGCACUAAAUAAGAACCCUGCUGUAAGCAUUGUUUUCAGUACCUCUUUCCAGUAUACAUGUACAUGUAUCAGUUCCUUCCCUAUGAUUGGUCGGUUUUGACAGCUUACUUCAACACUUCUGUCAAUCAUUUGGCUUUAUGUGCUUAGAGUCUAACAUACAUGUCAAGCUGCGAAACCCUCCUACACCACACGUUUAAUGAACGACAUUUGACAUUUUGGCAUGAGAAAUGGUUUUUUAGGAAGUAUAUGGGGUGGUGGGUGGAUUGAGGUUUAGAUUCCUCUUCUCUCUUUCCGCCAUAAUUCAUUCCUUCGCUAUUAUCACUGCUCGUUUGCUUUUUUCGCUCAUCCACGUGGACCGAAGGGCCUGGUACAGACUACAUUAGAGGACAAUGUUAUAAGACUUGUCUUAAAGUACGUUGAAGGAGGAAACUGUACCUGUCCAUUUAAAUACUGAUAGGUUUGCUCUAGCUUAGUUUUGCUAUUGAAACCAAAAGUUGGUUGUCUAAUAGGAGAUGUGUCCAAUUUCCCUUUAAUCAUGUUAGUACAAAGGUCUCUUAUCUGCUUGACUAUCAGCAGCCCUGAUUUCAGCAUUAAUAGGACAUUGUAAUACAUAGGACAGUAUAAUGCAUCAUACCUUCACCAACUCGACAGUAAGUGGCAUUGCACAGUCGCACAUGAAUUAUUUUCACUUCUAGCAAAAAAACUCUGAAAAUCCUGUAUUUUAAUUUUAGGAGUGCCUAAAUUACCACUAAUUUUGGUAUACAGUAGUUAAUUGGUAACAGAACUUGUGUCGCUCAAUUUGGUCACUAAUGAAAUACUUGUGAUUAAACAAAUCUUAAUCCAGAUGACCAAUAACACUCUGACUUAAUUGAUCAAUUUGGUCAAUAACCGGAGUUUGAUACCGUCAACCAGGCCCUGGGUGAGGGUGAAAGUCUGGUGAUCAACAUGGCUUUGAAACAUCGACUUUAGACUUGAUGAAAUGGUGACAAACGGUGUACAUGUAAAGAUGGGUUAAAUAUCAGGGACAUAGCCGUCUCCUCAAAACACAAAAUGACCGUAUUUGAAAUUCAGACUAGGGACACACGUACCCCCCUGAAGAGGGCCUCUUUAACUGAUAGUACACAGUGGAAUUUGUCUCUUUUAAUGAAUUCCACAUACGCUGUAGGUUUUUGCAAUGUGACUGACACCACUACACUCUCAUCCAGACAGUCAUAUUUUCAAAAUUCAAGCUCUUGAAACAUGGCUGUGAUUUAUGUUUAGGAGGAUGAAGCUUCCCUUGCUGCUGAAGAAAGGGACAGGAUGCACCAAGCAAAUAAACUGAAACAAGGAGCUGAAAGGCGCACUAAGCGACUUGAUCAUGAAGGUGUUAUUGCUUUACUUCACGAUGACGAGGAAUGGGAUGAGAAAGCGGCAAAGAAAGCAAGGCAUAAAGUUACUGCGACUGAUCUCAUACAAGCUCUUCGAACAAAGUAAGGAUUGGGGAGGUGGUUUUUGUUGGGGGAGGGGGGGGGAAGGGAUGGUUUGGGUGACUACCCGUGCCUCUUUAGGUCUUCUUCUUUUUUUGGAAAAAAAAAAUGAAACGUUAUCCCCUGUCCGAGCGAUACUUGUCAAAACCAAACAUAAGUAUCCUAGUUCUGCCUAAACUCAAUUCUUUUAAAACUUGUCUGUACUACUUUUUUGUAUAUUUUGCUGUAAUUUUAAUUAAUUUGUUCUUUUCUGUUCUAUUUCUAUUUAUUUAUUUAUUUUUGUUCUUUCUGGUUCCUCGCAUGUAUAUAUUUUAAAUGAAACGUAAUUGUUAUUUUUGUGGCCAACUAGAAAACUAAAUGGUUAAUAAUAAUUAAUAAUUACAUUGAAAUGUUUAUGACUGAUUUGAAUUCUAUGGGUGAAAUUUCAAAAAUAUUUGUGGAUCUACCUUCUGGAUUCACUUAGACUUAAGUAGACAGACAGACAGGCUGACAGGCAGACAGACAGGCAGGCAGGCAGGCAGACAGACAGAGAAGUAGGUAGACAGACAGACAAACAGGUUGAUUGAUAGAUUCACUGUUAUUUGAAUAUGGUAAUUUCACAAUUUACAAAACUUCUUUACACUGUACAUGAAAACCAAAAUUGAAACAGAAGUAAAUACUGUAGAUAAUACUCUAAAAAUAUGUACAGAUGAUAAAGUCUAGUCAACAGUUUCUUACCUACUGAACAAUUUUCUUGCUUUAGAUUCAGAUGCCUUUAUUUCAGUUGGUAAUGAAUUGCACAGCAUUCCUCCUACUGUAUAUAUGAGAAAGACCCUUUACAAUAUUCUACUUUUGGGAAUGUGAUCCAGUGCAGCAUUGCAUUCUGUGUUUCUUAGCUUAGACUUACAUGUACAAGGGUUGUUCUCACAUGCCUUUGCCGUAGACAGACUGCAGGUAGACAGACAGAUAGACAGACUGAUAGACGGACUUGACAGACAGACAAAAAAUUUUGGUUUUAACAGCUGAGUUCAUAAAGUCAAUUUACCGCGUUUAAGAGAUGGAAAGGCUGGCAUUUCUAAUACUAGCCUUUCCUCAGAGCAAAUUGUUUUAUUAUGACAAAGGGAUAGUGCAUGAACAUUUAUCAUCUUUGAAUCUGCUUUUGAUUCUGUUUAAAGGACAUUCCAUCAUUUCAAAAAAUAUAUCCAAAGCUUUUUUUCUGUAACGGAAUUCAUGACCAUCAAGUAAAUGUAGUCAUAUUCGUAACUGAGCAUCUUCACUGCAGAUACGAGAUCCUUCGAGAUAAGCUUAUGCUGGAGAUGCUUAAAUAUCACAUUGGAGAAGGGAUGUGGACCGUACUCUCUGAAGGCGAACAACAUGAACGGUUUAUGCAGCUUAAGAUGCGUGUUCAACGCUUACGUAAGGAUGAUAAGCUUGAUGGUGCUGAUGGUCUUCCAGGGGCUGGUGCUCUGUACUCAGCAACUCUGCUUGCACUGAUGGGACUCAGCAGAAUUGGAGAAGAAAAUCAACGGCUUGAAGAGGCAGAGAAAAUUAAACAGAUGGAAAAAGAAGGUCAGUUUUAUCAGCUUGUUGUCCGUUACUUUACUUUAUUCGAGGCUGAUUUCAUUUCCAGUCUCACGUUAGAUUAUUUUUCGUUUUACCGUGGAACCUCGAUAUAACGAACGGCCAAGAGGCUGGCAAAAUUUGUUCACUAUAAUAAGGUUUCGUAUAUCAAAGUUCUUUUCCAUAUAUUUUUCUAUUAUUGGGAUAAAGAAAAUUGUUCGUUAUACCGAGACCUUCUUGGUUGUAUAGAGGUUCGUUAUAUCGAGGUUCCACUGUAUUAUCAUUUCAUAGCUCAAAAUAACAGCUACAAUAUAGACUAUUUAAGUCCAUAAAAAGCACUUACAGGUUGAUAUAGCCUGCGUUGCAAGCGUUUCCGCGCGAGUUUGCCCUGAAACUUUUGCGCAAUAACUCGAUUGGAAACGCUUGCUACGCAGGCUAAGGUUGAUACAAAUACAAACAAUGCCCACACUUGUUAUAAAUAAUAUUUAUAGAUUUAGCCAUGGCUAAAAGAGAAGCUCUCGAUAAUAUUAAUAGUUUGCUCAUACAAAAUAUAAAAUCGUAUAAUGUUAGACCUAAGCGGCGAAGGCAACGAGAACCAUGAAUAAAACAACAAUAGGUCUAAUUAGCAAAAAAGCAUCUUUGUACGUGCAGCACACCUCAGUUACACGGUUACACGUUUUAUGGUGGAAAUGUCGUACUUGGUCUUGUUCCUUUGUUUUUUUUUCACUGCCACUCAUUUUCACCUUGGUGACCGCUAGCAUUUCUCAUUUUCUCACCGCCGCUACAAAAUUUUCAUGUUGUUCUUCCAAAAAAAAAUGUGUCCUUUUUCUAAUCUCUCGCUGUAGCUCUCUGUCAUUCUUUUUAAUCGUGGAGUUAAUUAUCGUAUUUUGAUGGAAAUAUCGUGGAACUUACUUGUACCGUUCGCAAUUUACACAGGAAAGUCAAACAAGGAGAUAGAGGAAGAAUUAUUGCAAGCGCGUGAACAAGCAGCCCAUGGGCAAUCAAAGAGCGAAAAACUCCUGAUGGACCUGGAAAGACGCUAUCAACAGGACAAAGAAAAAGUUAUAGCUAGGUUGAAGGGUGCCGAUACAAACACAAUGACCACAGAGGAAAAGCUAACAGAGUAUGGACUCAUCAUACGCGAGCAGUUACGAGCAUUGGAAGAAGCAAAAUUUGAGAGUGCGGCAUUGUCUGUUGGAAUCGCAGAAAGGCUAAAAACGCAUCUACAGAGGUAUUCAGAUAAGACGAAAAUCAAGACUAAGGACUCUUAGUGUUCUUAGAUAGGCUGUGUUGUGAGAAAGGGAAAGAUGAAACGUUCUAGAGUCACUUUAACCCAUUUUCUAAAAAGAAUGAUGAUGAUGAUGAUUUGAACUCAUGGAAGGCGUUUAUGUCUAUUUCGACAUUGAGAACACUUUUUAACCGCUUUUCUUUUGUGCCGCCCUAUUUCUUGAAAUGUCUGUGUUUGAAUUGUUCAGGCUAACAAAUAUUUCUUUCUAAAAAUAAAUUGAAUUACAAGUUUCUAAUUUCUAUAGUUUGUUGUGUUUAGCUCUCUACAGGAGCCUAAGUGGCCCCUGGUCUCUGAGAAACAAUUUUACUUCAAUCAAUAAAAUAGCUCACUAAAAUCUCAUAUUUUGGAAAGGUUUAGGUACCGUUUGUCCGGUAGCCAGUUAGCCACCACUUGCUGUCUGCUAGGCAGUAGAAGACUUGGUAGGGGAAAAGAGGGCGAAUACGGAUGACGAUGGGGUAAACGAUAACAGAGGCAUAUCCUCCUGUUGCUUUUGGGAAUGUCACACUAACCGCGAAUGUCUGUUAUCAUUCUAGACCAAAAGAUGAUCGUCAACGUCAAGAACAUUUAAGCAGAGAACGUUUGCUGCACAGAAAAGGAAGAAAGCUGCCACGAGACUGGAAAGGACAAGAUCUGAAGUUCAGUACUAUAGGAGAGGCUGGCUUGGUCGAUACAUUGGAGGACACUGUACGUGCACUGGAGAGAAAACAAGCCAUGGAGCGAGAGAUGCUUAUCUACCUUCUACAGGGAAGAGAGAGUGUGCAGUCGCGCAGUGCCGCUAAGAAACUUAAUACAGGUACAGUUUGUUUCAGGCUCAUAAUAAAUCCUUUUUUUUUGGCUUGUUAAAGACUGUUCACAGUCCUCAUUUUUUCCGUAGUAUCGUCGAUGUCUAGCGCCUUGCGUUAAAGGUGGCCAUCUUGGUUUCAAAUGUACCGAGUCUACUCCCUUGAGGAUGAGUAUCAUCCUCAAGGUACAUGUAGCAAGGGUUGCGCAGUGGUGAGAGUACUCGCCUCCCACCAAUGUGGCCCUGGUUCAAAUCCCGGCGUCAACGUCAUAUGUAGGUUGAGCUUGUUUGUUGUUAGUUCUCUCCUUUGCUCCGAGAGGUUUUUCUCUGGGUACUCCAGUUUUCCCCUCUCCUCAAAAACCAACACUUCAAAAUUCUAAUUCGAUCUGGAACGCACGGACACGUUUAAACGAGUUCUCAAGAACUCUGAAGUACUUCUUGGCUAAACGAAUUACAAUUACACUUUUUUAUUAAAUCUACUUAGGGUUGCGGGGGUUUGGCUCGCCUUCCUCCCUCAACCAGUAUAAACCCCAGGGCCCACCCCUCGGUACUUUUAAUACAAAGAUCGCCAACCCUAACGGAAAGCGCUCGUUCUUGACGAUCUUAUGGAAAAACAAAGGACUGUGAACGGUCUAAGCUUAUUAAGUCAAUAGCCGGUCGAUUCGUUCAAUGUUUAGAUAAUGUUAGGUGAAUGGCAAUCAUUGAAAACUGCAUCUACCCCCAAAAUACCCCAUCUGUGUAGUCGAAAAAGUACUCACACCCACUGUCCACCCACCCGCCGAUUUUAGCGCCCGUGAAUACUUAGGUGUGAUGUAUCAAAAGUUUGCCAUUGUUGAUUCUUUGACAAAUUGCAGAUGAACGCUCCAACCAGUUGUUGGUGCUUCGAACUCAGCAGCAGGCGUGGAGAGAACAGAGCUCCUCUGAACGGUUGGUAAGCAAGGGGCGGCAUGCCGCAAUUCUUCAGGAAGCCGCUGGACUUGUUUUUGAGGACAGACGGGCUGACUUGAGAGUGUCUAGAGGCACUUCCCCUGAUGAUGUACAAGUUGCUGCUGAUAUUUUGGCUGACUUGCAGCACACACAUGAAAUAGAAAGUCAAAUGCUGCUUUCCUUACACAGCAAGGUAUAUGAAUUGAAGACGUGUUUAUAAACAACUAGGAGAUGAUUUGAAAGUUUCUAGCAGUUCGGACUCUACCAGAAUCGCGCAACGCUCAUUGAAAAUCUUGUAGCGUGAGACGAGAAUCACGUAGCAAGAUAUGAGAAUCGCGUAAUGCAUGACAAGAAUCACGCACCGAAAACUAGCAUCGCGUAACGCGUUGCCUGUAGUACAAACGUUUUCUAGGGAAUACGACCGUUAAAUGUUUCCUUGUUUAAGUGGUGCACAUGUUCAUUCUUUAGAAAGUUGUGGGUAGAAGGGUCCCUCCUUUCACCGCUUCGUUCUUCUUAGAAAGGCUACGUUAAGUUCUGGAAGAAUCGCGUAACGAUUUCACGAAGAUCCCGGCAAUUGGUAGACUGAAGUAAAAGAUUAUUAAACUGUUUUGCGGAAAUUAUUCUUAAUGUUCCCUUUCUUUUUUCCAGGACGUCCAAGAGUUAUUCCGUCUUCUACAGCAAGAGCAUACAUCUUGGCAGGAAGAAUUACUAGACGGAAUAGCUGCAGUUCUUCUUGGAACCGAAGAUAAUGUCGCGCAGGAAGAUGAACUUCUGAAAGCUUUGGAAGAAAAGUACGACGCAUUACGUGACAAGCUGCUUCUAGAAGCGUUAGAAAAGCAGAUGGGGGCUGCAGAAUGGGCGCGACUUUCUGAACAGGAGAGACAAGCUCGCUUGGCUAAGAUGAAACUCCAGGAGCGACGACUUAGACAACAGGGAAGGUUUGAUGACGCCGCUGCUCUUUUAGGAGAGGGGCUAAAAAAUGCCGAAGCAUUACAGGUACUGUUUUAACUUUUAUAUUCCCUUAACUUUGGUUUAGCAAGCUUAAGGAAGAGACUAUUGGGAGGUUGUAACUUUCGUCUUAUAAAACGCGCUAGCCUGCAAAUACCCCCGUCUCCCGCUCCUCGCCGCUGGGAACGUCUCGUAGGAGAGAACAGACGGCUGUAUUCGAAGGCUAUAAAAACGCUGGAUGAUUCUUUUUUCUUCUAAAAAGACGAGGAUAAAAUUUAACUAUAUAAGAUAAGAACAGAAUCUGGGCUAUAAAAUCGAGGGUAAAAUUGAAUUAUUUAAGUUAUGUUUAGAAAACGAGCGGGAGUGUAUUAUCAGGUUUUAAAAACUGGAGGCGAUGCCGAGAGUUUUUACACAUGAUAAUACAAGUCUGCGAGUUUUUUGAACGGGUUCAAAAUCUCUGAUAUAGAUCAACUCAUUCUUGCACUAAUAUUUACAGUUGGGGGUUAUUUUGUUUUCAAAAAUCGGACGUGAAGUUUAGCGAUGUCUUAAUCAGAUAUAAAGACACUCAUUAAACAUUAAUUUCUGUUGUCUUUUCUUUAUGAAUUAUUAAGAACUUUUCAAAGAACAGAGUGAGGGCUACAAAGUUGAGGAUAAAUUAUUUUAUAACUGAAUUAGGGCAAGAGUAAGAACAAGGAGAUUAUAGAUGGACAAAACGGUUAUAGUGAAUUGAUACUCACAACUAAGGUGUAGGUAGCAUAAAUUCCUUUCGUCCACAGUGGACAAUUUUUUUGAGUAGAUAAAGGAUUCUUCUGGCACAGUGAGGAUAAGCCGGUUUAGAAAAUCCUGGUGACGUGUUCCGUCUUCAUCUUCUUUAUUUUACAAAGGCCCUAUUGGGAGAAAACCGCCAGCGUUAUCUAGAACGACUAAAGGAACGCUUGGAGCGUCGCCAGAAGCGAAUCGAAGAAGGGUUAGAUCCAGACGAAGAGGACGAAGAAACGAUGCGUCUCUUGGAAGAAGAACAAUCUGCCAGCACUGGUAAUAUUUUACGAGAUCUGCAGAACAGAUUUGACGAGGAGAAAGACGCCUUGCUACGGAGGCUUCAGGUACAUACAGUUGGUGAUGCACUAUUUUGGUCUUUCCCCAUAUCCACAUACAAAUUCUCCACACUGAUAUUCAAACAUUUUCUUAGAGAUAAUUUGAGAGAGUUUAAUAAAAAAUCAAAGCAUUUUCUCUUUGGUGAUCAUUUGAUUAAUUCUCAUAACCAUUUUUCUUGACAACGUAUGGAUAUUGUUAGGAGAAAAUUGUUGUUGGUCAUUAUUGGGACUUAAAGGAUUAAGUGCGCAGGUAUUCUUUACCUUUGGUACCAGAGACUUUUCAAGCGCGGUUUCCGGUAUCUUCGGUCGUAUGCCGAAGAUCUGUCGACCUGUGGCCGACACCAAAGUAUCACGCCGCACGCGAGAAGAAAACCCUGGUACCCAGGGUAGUGUACGUAAACGUAUUGAGGAUACUUGUCACAUGAUCAGGUUCAUUUAUGGCAAACUGGAAUCCUCCAUUUGUACCAUAUGACCAAAAUUUCCUUCUACUUGUCACCUAACGUUUAUCAUAUCCAUACGAACAUAAGUACUUUCAUACGAGGUUUGUUUAUUAUUUGGCACCGUUUUCGUCUGCUCAUUUCCUGGCCUGUUCAAAGGGUGCUCAUUUCCUAACUUAUGAAAUUGUAAACUUUUAUCUGACGUUUCGCGUUUGUCGUAAACGUGAAUCUAAAUCAAGUUAAGGGUUUUUCUCCUUUUAUUCUUUUUUCUUGCAACGGUGUUGGCUUAAGUUUUUGAUGGAUGUCUUUUUUCGUUUCAGCUGUUUUAUGUAUUUAAUUAUUCUCAAUUUACAGGAGGAACAAGACCGUCAAGCAGCAGAAAGGCGUCGACAGGCUGAACUGGCCCGUCUAAGACGUGAAAAGAGGCAAGCUGAACGAGAGUCUAAAUUUGAUGAGGCUGCAUUGGUGCUGGGACUUGCAGAGAGAAAUCGGCAGAAUCUUGAAGAAAGGUGAGAUACCUAUUACACAAAUAAAAUUGAACCAGAAAUUAAACCAAAUCUUUCUUCACGUAUAACAAUUUCUUUAUAGGACUGACGAUUUCCGUCAAUGGCGAGGCAAGAUAAUUUUUUGUUGUUGUUGCUGCUGUUGUCCUUCGGAAACCUGCUCGAGUCGAUUGAUCAACACAUUUGUGAUUAACCUGUCCUGUUGAUUUGUCAGGUUACGCCGUGAUCGUGAACGCCAAGAACAGUUAGCGCGUGAACGAUUAGCAAGGAGAAAAAGACGAGGAACAGCUGAAGACGAGGAGGAGGAGGAUGAACUAGAACCUGAGAAAGGUUCAUUAACUAUUAAAUCUUUUAAUGAGCACCUCAAAAUCCUGAUGCUACUUUCGCGCCUUCAGAAACCUAAUCACAAUUAAGUGUUGCUCAGUUUUCAUCUAAAGGAUCAUCACUGUGACUAAGAUUUCUUGCAAAGCGUCUGAAAUUAAAUUUGCCAGCAUCGGUGGAAAGUAAUGCCUUACUACAUGAAAUUUUCGCGACACUUAAAUUUCGCUAAUUUCGAAUGGUCACACUUAAGAAUUUCAUCCACAGACUUAGCUAUAACCGCCUUUCACAGUGUAAUAAACAGUACCACAGGAAAGUACUGCUCAGUAGUUUUCGUGUCAUGUUGUCGUGUGAGCAGUUCACACAUGGAUAAACGCUUAUAUUUAAGCCAGUGACCAUCUUUUAAGAUUCAAUCCGCAAAUUUAAAACUAAGGACAAUGAGUUGUUCUGAGUUAUGAGCUUACCUAUGCAUUCGCAAGUUAGUUUUGAAAGCUCCUCUCAGUCAUCUUUGUGCAUUCACAGACGAUAUACAAGGAUGGCAAGAUGCAGUUUUGAAGUCGCUAGAGAGGAAACAUCGCGCGGAGCAAGAGUUCUUGAUGAGCUUACUCCAAGACGAGAGCAGCAAAGACAUGAGAGAAGAAGCAAGAGCAGUAAGCGAGGAUGACAGACUGAAACGACUAAAUGAACUGAAGGCGAAGAGAGAGGAGCUUGACUUUGGUGUCAAGGGUAAGUUCAAUAACUUUCUGACAGCAAAUCCCUAAGAAGAUGCUCCUUUAGGCCAUGACUGUCGCAACAGCGCUUUUGCAGACAAGAUUAUUUUAUCAGCGAACUACUCUAUGCUGCCGGUUACUUUAAGUACGUUGAGUCAGUUUUUGAAUUAUAAGAGGACAAGAGCCUAUCACACAGACUGAGCUACCGUCAUUUCUCGUUUCUCUGACGCUUUCACAGUAGGUUAUACUUGAGAAUAAACUGCGCACAGUUUUUAAGAGAUGACCUUAUUAUAGUGCAAUCACGAAGGAAGGCCAAACCUAGUCCUAAUCCGGAAUUGACGUUUGUAAUACAGUGUACCUUCUUAUUUAUGACUUUCAACCAUUUUCAUUGUAUCUGUAGCUGAUCAAGGACAUCACGUCGACGUCUUAGACAUGGCUUGUGCUUAUAAAUUUGAAGUGCGACGUUUCAGACUGACCAGCGAAAAAGAAAGCGAAGUGGAUGAUGAACAGAUUACGGUAUCUAUCAUGGCGGACUUACAAGAACUACAAGAUAAGGAGAGUGAAGGUAUCAUGAGUCAGCUUCAGGAUAAGGUAAGUGAAAAAAGAGAACGAAAGAUGGGCAUUUACUUCGCGUACCAGUCACAGAUAAUGUAAAACAGAAGAACAAAAACCAUGAAACAGUCACAAGCAGAUUUUUCCCUUAACCCUUUAAGUGCCAAUAUCCACAUACAAAUUCUCCAAACUGAUCUCCAUACAUUUCUUGAAGAAUUAGUUGAGAGAAUUUGGUAAAAGAUCAAAUAUUUUUCUCUUUGUGAUCAUUUUGUUAAUUCUCAUAGACUUUGCUCAUGAUAGCCCAUGGAUAUCGUUAGGAGAAAAUUGAUUUUGAGCACUAUUGGGACUCAAAGGGUUAACAGAAAACAAAGAAGUAUUUUGUUUUGCGUCAUCUGUGUCCCGUACACAAAAUAAACGCGGAAAGAUGUGAUUUUCAUUCUUCACUACUCUUGUAGUACAAAGAAAAUAUGUGAGUAAAGAAUUUGAUAGACCUCUUUAUCUUGAAUGUCAGUUGUUUUCGCAAAAUAGGUCAUGUGAUAAUACUCUGGAGCUUGAUUCAAAUUUCGUCAUGUUUCCGUGCAUGUGUACGCAUCGUUUAUGAAAAGAUAUAGGGACAAUUUGAAAACUGAAACCAUCACUGGGAAAACAAAACGCACAAGCUAAAGAGGUCUAUUCAGUUGCUCUGACAGGGACUGUUUGUCGCUCAGAUUAAUUGUAUUUCUGAUGGAUUCAUUCUGAGCUAUUGUAGGUUGUUUUGACGCCUGGCUACGCGAAUUAUUAUAGAACGCCUGAAGUUCGUCUUCGGGACAAACGCCGAUCUUAACAUGAGACGAACUAAACUAAUUCAUUAAAAAAUUAUACGAAAAUGUACAUUUAGCCCUGUUCAGGGAAAAUGUUUUUGUCUGAUUCAGUUGAUUGGUUCGACGCGUCCUAAGUUCGCAUCCGACCCAAACAGACGAUCUUAACUUAAUUUAGGUCGACCAAAAUUAGAGUUAAGUUCGUCCCAUGAAAAGUUCGACGUUUGGCCAAGGUAUAAAAAAGUAGAAGUUUAGAUAAAUUAGAUUGCGUUCGUGCAUGCUUGAUUACUAUUCAGGGCCGAGUUGUUCAAAGCUGGGUUAAGAUAACCCAGGGUUAGUGCGAGAUUUAAAUUCAGAUUUGAAAGCUUAAAAAGCACUUUAGUUUUAAUUCUUUUUGUCUACAAAAUGAUGAUUGGAGGCUCUAAAAAUAACAGAGGAAAUUAGCCGAGAAAAUGCUUUUGAACACAAGAAAAAGAAACCCUGGCUAAAUUUAAGCCCGGGUUAAGCGCUAAUCGGCCUUCGAGCAACUGGGCCCAGAUGUCCUAAUACAAAAGCUUCGCGGAAAUCGAAUCUCAAUUCAUUCUUGCACUUUUUGGUUGCGUUUUUGUGUUUUUCCAAUGCAGAGUCAAGCAGAACUGGCAGCUCUAAAACAGACACAGGAACAAGAGCGUAAGGAUGGCGUGGUGGAGAACGUAGCGACUGUUUUGUUAGAUUAUGAUGGCACAGGAACUGAUCAAGACUUGAUCAAGGCUUUGGAUCAGAAAUAUGACGCCCUUAAGGACAAGCUUUUACUUGAAGCGCUCAAAAAACAACUUGGU